AUGGAAAAUAAUACAUUUGAAUUCGUUGAUUUCAUAAGAGACGAAGAGGAAUGUAUUCAAAGUUUAUUGCAAGCUUUCAGUCAAAGGAAGUCAUCAUUGAGUCCUGAAGUUAGAGUUCUUGUAGCUUUGAGAUUUUAUGCUCAAGGUAGCUAUCAGAUGUCAGUAGCACAAGAUUUAACAUUAGCAGUAUGCCAAAAAAGUGUUAGUAACUGUGUACACAUAGUUACUGAAGCAAUUGUUACAAAUCUGGCUCACCAAUGGAUUCAGUUUCCAUCUGAUGAUGAAAUUCCUUUAAUAAGAGCUCAAUUUUAUGAAAAAUAUCAUAUACACGGUGUUGUAGGGUGCAUUGAUUGCACCCACAUUUAUAUUGCGUCAGUACCUGAUGAUCCUAUUCAUAGAGAAUAUAUGUAUGUCAACCGGAAAAAUGAACAUUCUAUUAACGUUCAAUUGAUUUGUGAUGCCUCAUGUCGAAAUAAAAAUGUAAAUUCUAAAUUCCCAGGAUCGACACAUGACUCAUUUAUUUGGAAAAAUAGUGAAAUAAGGAAUUAUUUAAAAGACAAAUAUGAAGAAGGAACUUUUAAGUCUUGGCUGUUAGGAGAUAAAGGUUAUCCAUUAGAGCCAUUUCUUAUGGUACCUUUCCAAGAAAAUGAAAUUCAACCACAUUCAAAAGAAGAAAAUUACAAUAGAAUCCACAAAAAGACUAGGUCAAUUAUAGAAAGAGUUAAUGGGCAGCUGAAGGGACGUUUCCGUUGUUUAAUUAAGCAUCGCAUAUUACAUUAUCGUCCACAAUUUGUCUCAUUAAUAACAAUCGCAUGUUGUGUUCUUCAUAACAUGUGUAAACAAGCAAAUUUGGCUGAUUUAGAUUUACAUGAAGAACUUGAUAUUGAAUAUGAAAAACCAAUUCCAAUAAAUGUAAAUGAGGAAAUUGGUAGAGGGCGUAAUUCUUUUCAUAGACUAGGACAGCAAAUUAGAAGUCAAAUUGUAAAUCAAUUGCGUUAA